AUGCCUCGAAAAACGCCCAACCUUGUUCUUGACUUUGACGGGACGAUCACGAUACAGGACACAAUUGGUACCUUGGCGGAGAUCGCUUUGCGGUUCCAGCAUGAGCACGGCAUCGACUUGUCCUCAGCAUGGCAGCAAGUACUGGAACACUACAGUCAAGAUCAUGCUGACCACGUUGCCACCUAUAAACCGGCCGCAGACGACCGUCUCUCUCUCUCAGAAGAGCUCGCCUACCUGCGGGGUCUGAGGGAAGUUGAGUUGCGAUCCGUUCAGCGUGUGGAGCAGUCGGGGCUAUUUCGAGACCUCAGAAGAGAAGACCUCGCAAAAGCUGGGAACACCGCACGCAUGGAAGGAAGGGUGAAGCUACGCGAAGGGUUUACAGAUCUUAUGGACCUGGCCAAAAAAAACGGAUGGGCAGUCUCCGUUGUUUCUGUCAACUGGUCGAGAUCCUUCAUCAGUGGCGUCUUGUCAGACUACAACUUCGAUGUUGUUGCCAAUGAAAUUGAGAUGGAUGGAACCAUAUUAGGGCCAGCCGUACUCGGGACUCCAGCGAGAGAAACUAUUCUGACGACUUGUGAGGACAAGCUGCGCGCUUUGCGUGCCUUAGCCACUCGACAAGGCGCAGACAAUGCUGAGGCAUUAAUCUACUUUGGCGACUCCACGUCGGAUAUCGAGUGUUUGCUGGAGGCUCGUGGCGUUGUGGUAUCGUCAGGUCCGGAAUCGAGCUUGAUGAAGACUCUGCGGAGGGUGGGAUACGAUGUACCUCGUGUGGAUGAAUUCCAUCCGUCCAGUGGUAUUGUAUGGGCCUCGACGUUCGCGGAGGUUUUGAAGAGCGGUUUUCUUUCUUCAAGAGACGACUAG